AUUAAUUCCAUAAACUCAAAAAGAAUUAAUUCCACAAACUCAAAAAGUCAUUGAAAUUAGUGUGGGUCCGAGUGGAUCCUACGGACCCUCGAUUCUUCUCAAACCAAAUCCACAAUUCACGAUCCGAAUUCAGUGGCGAAGUUGAAGCAAUUCUGUUCCACCAAAAGGCCAUUCCCGUAACUUCCCCUUCCCCACUGCUUCAAUAAAAACGCUCCCACUGGUAGGGAUACACUACAGAAAAUAUUCCUUCUCUCUUUCCUUUCCCCUUGCCCACAAUCCCACUGUAAUAUUCUCUCUUGAUCAUCUUCCUGGAAAAAUUCCAAUGGCCGAGAAAAGCAAAAUCUUGAUCAUCGGAGGAACUGGGUACAUCGGUAAAUUCAUAGUUGAAGCCAGCGCCAAAUCCGGCCACCCCACCUUCGCUUUGGUUAGAGAAAGCACGGUUUCUGAUCCUGCCAAGGCGAAACUCAUCGACGGCUUCAAAAGCUCCGGCGUCACUUUACUCCAUGGAGAUGUGAACGACCACGGAAGUUUGGUGAAGGCGAUAAAGCAGGUGGAUGUGGUGAUAUCCGCUGUUGGAUCCCUGCAGAUAUUGGAUCAGACUAAAAUCAUUGCCGCCAUUAAAGAAGUUGGCCACAUCAAGAGGUUCUUCCCUUCGGAGUUUGGAAAUGAUGUGGAUCAUGUGAAUGCGGUUGAACCAGCCAAAACUGCAUUUGCAGUGAAAGCCCAAAUCCGCAGAGCUAUUGAGGCUGAGGGAAUUCCCUAUACCUACGUGCCUUCUAACUUCUUUGCCGGCUAUUUUCUGCCUACAUUAGCACAGCCAGGAGUUUCUGCUCCCCCCAGAGACAAAGUAAUCAUCUUUGGGGAUGGAAAUCCUAAAGCUGUCUUCAAUGAGGAGCAUGACAUUGGUACCUACACCAUCAAAGCUGUGGAUGACCCAAGAACAUUGAACAAGGUUGUUUACAUCAAGCCUCCCAAGAACGUUUACUCAUUCAACGAGCUCGUUUCCUUAUGGGAGAAGAAGAUUGGAAAGACCCUCGAAAGAAUCUAUGUCCCGGAAGAUGAAGUUCUGAAGCAAAUCCAAGAGUCCCCGAUUCCAUUGAACGUAAUUUUUGCAAUCAGCCACUCGGCGUUUGUGAAGGGAGACCAGACCAACUUUGUGAUUGAGCCUUCGGUUGGGUUUGAAGCUUCUGAGCUUUAUCCAGAUGUCAAAUACACCACAGUUGAGGAGUACCUCGAUCAGUUUGUUUGAGUGAUUAUACAGCUCCUUUGGUCUUAUUUCUGCUAAAAUAAAAGAGUGAGUGUUUGUGUUGAGGUAUUCGUAUGGGUUCAAUGGCUUCAUGUAAAAAGACCUUGGUUUGCUGUAAUGAAUGGUUGUUUCCUACA